AUGAUGGAGCCCGCCGCCUUAACAAAGAUCCAUGAUUUUACAAAAAAUAAAGCAUAUUCUUGGACUUUUCAAGAACAAAACAAUGAAGAAUUUGAGACGGGUGGCGAUCGCAGUCGCCGCGAGAGUACGUGGCCCGCCACUCCGUCCGGUGUCCCUUUCCCCAUGCAGAACUCCAGCCACGUCAAGUUCGAGCCGCCCAGCGUGCCCGUCAUAUUCGUAUUGGGUAACUUUGCAGGAGGUCCAGGCAGCGGCAAGGUGACACACUGUGACAACCUGAUGCAAGAAAGACGAGGAGUGGUCCAUAUAAACAUGACUGAUCUACUCCAGCAGUAUGCGAUUGGUAAUGGACUGUCCAUAGAUAUGCAAGAUUUUGGAACUUUGUCAAGCACAACGGUUACUGAAGUGCUGAUGUUAGAAAUGAAGAUGGCGCCUACGGCGAAGACCUAUCUCGUGUCGGGCUACCCGAGGUCCAUGAGAGAUGUUGCUGAAUAUUCAGAUAAGAUCCAGACGAUAAGCGGUGUGGUGCUAGUCAGUUGGAGGCAAAGGGUCCUGGAGCGGCAGAUAGAGUACGGGGCUCGACUUGGCCACGUCGUGUUAAGCUUGGCAAGAAUGGAACUGAACAACUUUUAUAAGAAUGUGAUGCCUGUAGCAGAUUACUUCGAUCAAAGCAACAUGUUAAUUGCAGUAAGUACUCAACUA